CCGACAGUCCUCGGUUGUCCUGAAAAAUACCCGUUAUGGAUCAGAAGACCAGUACAUCAAACACGUGGAGUCGCCACAAAUCACGCAAGAUACUUGGGGUUGGUGACCGUGGUGAUUCUAGAACAGGUUCAAAACUUGUACAACUUCUCGGGGAGAAUGAACCCGAUGAAAGCUUGGAAUGCACACUUGCUUAUUACUGGAACUGGUUUAUCUGGUCUCAUGUGUUUGUCCUCGGAGUACUGGCUAAGUUACUUCCCGAUACAGUAGGUCGAUCGGUUCUGGGGAAAUUUGUUCAACUGCCGCAAAACACAUCGGCGUUUAGUGACGAAAUAGGACAAAUACUUAUCUCAAAACAACGUGACUGUUGUUUUUUUCUAUGUGGGAGUUGUUCAGGGACCAUUACUUCAAGCAGCCCCGAGAGGUUCGGUACCUGGCUUCCGCUGACGAUUGUCGUGAUCAACCUUCUAAUCCACUUAACCGUGGCAUAUCCGGAGUGUAACUUAAGAAAUCUUCGACGGCGACUGACAAACCCAAUGAUUGGAAUAUCCGCUGGGAUACCAGUUGUUACUGAACAAACCGACGAUCUGAAGAGUCAUCACGAGCAAGACGAGUCCACAACAUAGUGGUUAACAAGCAUAGGAUUGUAUGCUUUUUCGGCCGCAAUUCAUAUGGAUGAAAUGUACGUGAGAGUUUGUGUGCCACGAUGUCUGAAAUCACAAAAGCAUCCACACGGUCCAUUCCUUUCCAAUAUUCCCCAAAGAUGUGCCAUGAAUGUGUUGUAUA